GGGACUGCGGUUGCCUGGAGGCCGGGGCCGACCGAGCUCCUCGAGGCGUGGGAAAGGGGCAGGUGCUGCCUGCCGUGGCUUGAGGUCAGCCCUCGGCCCCCUCAGAAGAGACGCUCCAGUAUGGCGGCUACUGGGCCGGGAGGCGCGCUGGGUGCUAACGACACGUCAGCCUUCGGACCGGCUGGCGGGUGACGGUGCUUUAGAGAGUUUUCAUCGCAGACACUUCUGCUGCAAAGAUGGUCAACGUACCUAAAACCCGAAGGACUUUCUGUAAGAAAUGUGGCAAGCACCAGCCUCACAAAGUGACCCAGUAUAAGAAGGGCAAGGAUUCCCUGUAUGCCCAAGGAAAGCGGCGCUACGACCGGAAGCAGAGUGGCUACGGCGGGCAAACAAAGCCAAUUUUUCGAAAGAAGGCCAAAACCACAAAGAAGAUUGUGCUCAGGCUUGAGUGUGUUGAGCCCAACUGCAGAUCUAAGAGGAUGCUGGCCAUUAAGAGAUGCAAGCAUUUUGAACUGGGAGGCGACAAGAAGAGAAAGGGUCAAGUGAUCCAGUUCUAAAACUUGUGUUUUCUGAGAGGAAAAUACUGAAGCAGUAGAAAAAUGACCUGCUAGAGAAUAAAAGUUAUUGUUACUGGUA